AUGCCUUGGGCAUCGUCCUCCCGACCUGUGCAUGCAGAUCGCCUCCGCUGCGGGGCUGGACUUGAGCAGUCGCCAGUGUGGACUGACCCAGUGACCUUUCGGUUCCCCACUCCUCCGGCUAACUAUACCUAUGCUGGUCGGCUCGUAGUGACAGAGUACGCUCAUGCCGAGAUUUGGUCACCUAAUUCCACUUUUCUCGACUUCUACCCCGGCCGUGCCCCGCCCAAGUCGGAACACAACACUCCAUCGCCUCGAUACGAUGGGACGCUAGGCCGCUUCGAUCCGACAAUCUUCCCUCAGGCGUAUGACCCGGAUAUGCCUUGGCUUGCUUUUGCGCCAUACGAAUUGGGAAGCAUAAACGAUGGAUGGCCGGAGUUCUUUUCCCUCCUCUCCGAUCAAUACUGGAACGCGGGGAUCACGAAGUCACUGACCACCGCGUUGCGCUCACGCAAUCAUGACAUAGACAAACGCAUGGAUCGUGCGCGCCGUGACGACCUUGCGCUUCCCAAAGACCAGCGAAUCAUUUCCUCCCCCGACCCCCGAAUGAAGCGUUCGGGUACUCUUUGGGAGCUCCGGCCCAUCUUUCCAACAGAAGGGCAUGUUUCAGCCUUAGAAGGCAUUGUUGAUUAUCAGGAGUGCGUAGACGCGCUGCGUCGGGUGCAGGAUGGUCUUCGAUUCAAGUAUGCAUGGUGCAAAUAUGCCGAACUUCGCCUGCGCUUGCCCACUGAGACCACCUUUUCUCUCCGCAACCGAAACAUUCAGCUCUGCCCCUCACCUCGUUUUUUUGUUGGCGUCUGGCUCACCGCAGUCAGCGAGUUCGACGCUAUGCUCUUCCUAACCACCGGAUUAGCGCCCUGUUUUGUCCUCCACAUGUACAGCGAACAAGAUCAAUAUUCUUCACCCUCCUCCUCUCUGCCACUUCGUACUUUCAUUUCCGCCUCCGAACGCGAAGAAUACUUCACUCGCUCCUUUUGCAACCCUUAUGAGAGGGAGGCCCUUCAUCACGGCCUCCGCCUCCUAGAACUCACCGACCUUCCGGAUUCUGAGGUGCUCCCGGAAAGUCACCGCGGGGCUUGUAGCACCUUCAUCGACCCAUUAACGCAUCCCAAUGCUCAGGGUUAUCGUCUUGUUCCCGCCAAUCGCCGGUCAUCAACAAGCCAUUUUGCCAUCAUACGUACCGAGGAAUCCACGUUUUCAGCUCCCGCGCCUUCACGUCCCACGUCCUAUGAAGAUGUCUUCGAGUACAAAGGGCGUCGCCUUUCCAUGUCUCGCCGUUUGCGCUCGCUUCCUGCGCCAACCUUGAGCCAAGUUCAGCUGACCAAUCCAGACGGAUCUUCAUUCAUUUGGAUUCAACCCCCGCCGGUUGCGGCUCUGAAGCCCGGCCCCUGGACAAAAUGGAUUGUGGAGGAGGACGACGAUGAAUUUGAUCCUCGCAAAUGGAUAGUGCGUCAGGUAGGCAAGAAGAGUAAAUUGACAGAGGAUUACCCCUUCGUAAACUAUGAUCGUGAAAACCUCAGGGAAAUUUAUUUUCCGCACGACUUCGUAUUUACGGCGGACGAAGGCCCUAACAAUGAGGGAUACGGACGGGCUGCUCCUAGACUGCGGUACUUUCGUCCUGAGGACAAGCACCCGCUUCUCCGACAGGUACCCCCGUCCCACUGGAUGUACCCAGAUCGCAAACCUUCCUCGCCGAAGGCUGGUGCUGUCGUGGAUCCCCCAACUACGCGACAACCUGAGCCUUCUUCGCCAUGGGUUGGCGAGGAUGACGAUGACGACGACGGGUUUGGCUAUGGUCCUGCUACUGUAUAUCGAGACCCCCAGGGCCAGCUGAGGUCCGUCCAGGAUGACACCUCCGUUGUUCCGGUUGAACGCAUGUCCGAGGAUGACGCCCUGGCAGCCUAUCAUGCCGCCUUGGCCCCUAGUACCCCGCUGCCUGGCAGUAAUCUACCGAGCAUCCCCGAGCCGGGACCGCCGAUGACGUUUGCAAAAACUCCGAGCCUCGAGCAUUCUACUGAAAACUCCCUCCCACGUGAUCCUUCACCCUCGGCGUCCACUUUGGCAACAAUGGGGACGACCAAUGUUACUACCAUGCCGAUCAAGGAAGUUGUAACCAAGCAUUCAACAGAUUCGCAGAGUGAUCCCAAGCUAGGAACCCCAGCGGGUUCGUCUGAGCCUCUCCGCUUGGACAUCUCCUUGCAGGCUCUGGGCAAUCUUACGUCUGUCGCACCAGUUACGCUCGCUAGUCUACCUCCUAGUACAACCUCAGCCGGGGAUGUUGACCCCGCUUCGUCCACGACUCCUCCCAGCAAUUUUGAAUUGGUCCCACCAACGCCGGGGCCUGUUGGGCCUCCAGAUUCCUCGCCUUCCGGCUCAGCUCUCUCUCCAACAUCAGCAACUCUGACGCCCGCCCAUUCAAUUGGUAUACCGGCAAAGGAAAUCAGAAAUACUCUGAACGCCCCUCCCAGCUUGCUGCAGGUAGACGCCAAGACGAUUUGGAAACCCUCAUCUGCCACGAUGGAUGCUGAUGCAUCGUUGGUAUUGGAGCCAUCAAUUAUUAUCGCGCCUCCAUCGCCCAUUGCUCCUCAGUAUAUGGAGAGGGAUACUAGAUUUCCUUUGUUGAAUGAGGAAGACGAGGAGUCCAUCGCCAGCCUGGGACUCUCGGACAACGAGGAUGCCUGUAUGGAUUCCCUUAUGAGUAGCAUGCCUACUCAAGGUGAACAUUCGGCUUCACUAGCUCGGUCCAUCAACGAGGAAUAUUCUAUGGGACCUCUGUCGACCAGCAUGUCAACUUCAGGAGGAGAUGCCGCUUCACUAGUUCGGCCGCUCCCGUCCUCCAAGUCGGACUUGCGUACAGAUUCGUUGCAGAACUUACGUGGCAACCAAACUGGAUGUCCUCUUUCUGGUUCUCCUCCUCGUCCUUGCUCUCCUCGGUCUAGCUCCCCACUGUUAUCCCGAGCGUCGAGAUUUUCAGUUGGGAUGAGCUCCCGACGAGCCUCCUCCGGAUCACCUACGGAGUCUUCGCCCAGCUGUUCACGUCAAGAUGACCACCGACCCAGCCAUCGUAGCUUGACGUCUGUCCGUCGAUUCAGCUCGCGUUCCCCCAAUCGUCGCUCACCGUUGUCCUCUCCUCGGCGGACUAGCCAUGACCAAACCCCAUACGUCGACGCAACAUCUGCAAGGUCGUCGUUAUCAGCCUCAAGCAGUGGGAUCGCCACUGAGGAACGUGACCGGCUUCUUCCAGCGACGUUACCGUCCUCUCGCCCAUCACUGGAUGCCCAGCUAUAUUCACCCGCACCCGAACGGGGAGGUAGGGACGCGAGUCUCAACAUGGCUCCUCUGGCAGCAUCAGCGCUCCCGACCCCAGGGUCUGCAACGAAUGCGUCGGGGAUAAGAAGAACUAAGAGCCAGCGCGUUCGCCCUCCCAAACGUGUACGUCUGCUGGCCAAGUCUCUGGCUGAGGCGACUGGUGGUACAGCUAUUGGUGCUGCUGGUACCGUUGUAGCCCCUGCGGAACUUCCUUUGGAAGGUCGCCCGUCGGAUCCGACCACAGCAUCCUCCACCGGCCAGCCCGUCAGGGCUAAAUCUUUACUGGAUCGAAUGGGAUCGAGCAAGGAGGAUGUCCCGAUGGAUGUGGAUGCUACCCAUGAGGAUAUGGAGCACCGUAUGGAUGAAUCAGCAUAG